CAGCGGGAUGGUGCUGUUCAGGAGACAGCAGAGGCCGUAGUGGAGCGAUGGAAGGACGUGUUCAACAAGUUUGGUGUCGACAAGGUGAACGCCAUUUGUACUGAUUCCGCGUCUGCGUAUGUUGCUGCGYCCAAGCUCCUAGCCCAGGAGGAAGUCAAGUACACUCGCAUCACUUGGCUUCCGUGUGCGGUCCAUGUCUGCAACUUGUUGUUGUCAGACAUCGCGAAGGAUGGGCGCGACGGGAGCCUCGGGAAGAGGGAGGACACCAUCAUCAGGGCUCGAGCUGUCGUGCGUUUCAUCAGAGAGCACGGGGCGGCUUUGAGCCUUUAUCGAUGGUUCUGUGCCGCCCACCCCUCUUUCGCCUCCACGGCGGCUGGUGGUUCGAGCUCUGCGCCACCCUCGUCUCAGUGGCGAGGCAGGGAGCUUAUGUACCCUGUGCAGACGAGGUUUGCCACCCACUACUUGAUGCUGGAGAGGCUGUUGGAUCAUCGCAGAGYGUUGGAGGCGUUGAUGAUGAGCGACGAUUGGCUGCGGACUGCAUGGAGGAGGUUCAUUUUUCUGCAGGCCAGAUGGGUGAAGAGGCGUAAUCAGCUUGGUUUCAUCAAGCUGACUCGUUUGGUGGAGAUAUCCACCAACUUGAGAUUGAGUCGUUGUCAGGGGAGGGGUUUUGGGUACGUUCUUCCAUGGGAGGACGCUGAGGAGGAGACAGAGGACGCUAUUCCUCCGCCUCGUGAUGUGGGUGUUCGGUCGGCUGACCGAGUCACCGAGGCACAGCGCGACCAGCAGGUCCAGCGCGGGAGGAACGAUCGCCUUUCAAAGGCACCUCCCAGCGUCGCGACGUAUUUUGGUCGUCGCGCCACGGUGCUCAUGGCGCAUGAGUUGGAGUCGGUGUACGAUCCCGAGCCUGAUCCCAUGGCUCAGGACGCGAUGGAGGACGAGCCGUGGUCCGAUCCGGACGACCUGGCCGUGGAGUCAAAGCCAGGAGAUUCUGAUGACGAUGAAGACGACACUCCUUUSAUCCAGAUUCYGCGUCCUCGCACACGUGCGUCYAYGGCGGCCGCUGYWCCGUCUCCCGCAGCACGCCCUCCUUCGAGUGCUUCAGACGUCUCAGAGCCAGGCUCGACGGACCGUGUCGAGAGCUGUACGCCACACCCUUCRACCGAUCGUCGCGGACAGGGAGGGACUCGCGAGCGUGWCGACGAGGAAGACGACGACGAUGGCGACGAUAGGGAGRGAUAUGAGGGCAGCAGUGAGGACRGACAUGGUGACGACGACGACGACGAGGGCRGCGACGGUGGAYGGGUUGUGGGUGGUUUGCGGAAGGGAGGCAGUGGGCAGGGUGUUGGGGGUGCAGGGYGCACAGGUGGUGCAGGGYGUGCUGGCACAGGAAAAGUAAGGCGAGAGUCGUCCACUCGCACUGUGCAUUGGGUUAAUGAGGAGAGGCCCGCUGAGGCAGCUGUGGUUGCUCCCUCCCCUAUGGAGGUUGCUCCCUCCCCUGCAGAGUUCGUUGUGUCGUCUGCAGAGGGCGCAGUGGCAUCUGUGGAGGGUCCAGGCGGGUUUGUGGGUGGUAGUGGCGAUGCGGGAGAGGUUGGGAGGCCAUCUGCACAGGUGGGUGUCAGUUUCAGCGACAACAUUUUUGAUGUUUCGUUAGGGCAUCCUCCGACACUGGCAGGGGAGCGUGUCGGUGUCGAUGUGGACGCAGCGGCCACACCCGUCAGUCAGAUACUUCGUGACAUACCUUCAUGCAGCACGGGCGACAUCAGUAGUAGCAUGUUGCAAGAGGCAGCAGACGGGGCACCGGGUCGGUCGGGGCAGCACGAGCGUGCAACUGGGGAUGAUGGGGAGUGUCGACAUGUGCAGGAGCGGGUGACAGAGUUAGAGCAGGACAUGAUCGACCGCGAGGAGAGGAGGAGGGCGCAGGGGUUGGCUGGCCGCUGCGAGAUGACGCAGAGUGUUGCAUUGAGGGCACGUGUAGCGCGGAUGCUCGAGACAGGCGUUGAGGCAGGUGAUGCAGAGGGCGAGUGCGGCGCUGCGGGCAUAGGGGAUGCGGGCGAGAGACCUGCGUCGCCAGUUCAGGGUGUUUGCGUAUUGCCUCUCGGUGGGGCCAUGUCGGCGGGGGAGUUGGAGCGGCAGGCACGGGAGGACCCGUUGCAGGCAGAUCGCCAGGGGCGGAUGACCGAGGCGUUGAGGAGACUGAUGGUAGAGGCCUCGACUUACGUGCCUUGCAGUUUGUCAGUGCCAUCGUCCACCACAGGUGUCAGCACACCCACAUAUGUGGAGGGCACAAUCGCGGUAGAGGCGGUACGGGGCCCCUCGCCGACACCCGCCGGGGAGUCUCCUUCUCCUCAGUCACGGAAGAAGAAGAUGAGAGCAGGGAAAAGUCUUAGUACCGUGAGGAGAGUGACGCAGACGAUGCGGGCGAGUCAGCCUGGGUUGGCCAGUUUACAUCCGCGGACACGGGCGAUUUUGAGCGGGGACGGUGUCGCAGACGCAGCAGGAUGGCAGGAGAGGGUCUUCGACCGAGCGACGGAUCAGCCCAUGAGCGCACCUGUUGAGGCGACGUUGCCACAUACUGCAGGGCGUACAACGGGCACCGGCGACCACCCCGAGCACAGUGCGGCCCCCGGGAGGAGCAUGGCUGCACGUAUAUUGCAGGAGGAUGUGAGGGCAGCGACAGCGCAGCGACCGUCACAGGCGCCAGUCGUUUGGGAGUCUGGCAAAGACGAUUUGGAGAUGCCUUAUGUCCAGCGGAGGAGGGUUUCCGUGUACGAUCUUCUUCGACCACACGGAGAGGUUGAGGCGGCGCCACAGGGGGAGGUUCAUGCUCCGGAUACUACGCACGCGCCGGCAGGCGGCACAGGUUGUGGGGAUGGUGUGACAGGUGUGGUGCCGCAGAGGAGGAGGAAGGACAUUGUGGACGACGAUGAUGCAUAGUUCCACCAUUAGUCUUCUUUCAUCCUCUGAUCCGUAGUAGUGUACAGUAUAUUUAGUGCUUGAGACGAGGCGUUGUGUUAGUAGG